UCCAUAGAGGCAUAGAGCUGGAAAAAAAUUAUUAUUUGGCAAAAUUGAAUUUGAAUUUGGUAGUUAUAAUUAAGGCAAAUCAUAAUUAAAACAGAAAUGGCGAACAUGCAAAUAGUAGCAGCGUACAAGAAUGUUGUGGAGGCACAGUAUGUGGAGAUGAUGGUUCCCUUGUAUUCUUAUGGAUGCGAGAAGAAAAUCAAGAAAGCCUUAUCUGCUCUUAAAGGNAUAUACUCAGUGAAUGUGGAUUACUACCAACAAAAAGUGACAGUAUGGGGAAUUUGCAACAAAUAUGAUGUGCUAGAAACCGUAAGAAGCAAGAGAAAAGAUGCUCGUUUUUGGAACCCUGAAGACAAUCUUGAAUUAUUAGAGGAUACAAAAUCAUCACCAUCUUCACCAAUAACAACUCUUCAUCACAAAGAUUUUAAGCGCUCUUUAACUUUGACUAAGCUUAUGUCAUCAUCGCUGCUCAUCCCGUUACCGUCGCUGUUGAGCCUGUCGCCACCUUUCUCCUGUCGAGUCCCUUUUUUCUAGGUAAAUUUUUC